GGAUCAAAGUCCAAACAUGUGUUUUUAAUAGAGUUACUUCCUUGAUCUUAAAUCACUGCAGAGUUUCACAAAGAAAUUAAACUGAAGGAAGAGAGGGAGGAUACCUCACUGCAGGUGUGUAGCAUUAAUGAAAAUACUGCUGGACCAACAGAAGCGAGCGGAGGCCAAACUGAACCAAACCAUCGGAAAAGAGGCACAGACAUAAUGUCUGCUCACACCAGAGUCGUCAACAAGAGGAGGGAGACGAUCACAGCUCUGCCUCUGUACUACUCUGGACAACUGUGGAAGAAAAACACCAGUGAGAAGGAUUUCAAGAAUUACUAUGGAGAGCUCCGUGGAGCCACGCUGUUUCUGUACAACGAUGAAUCACAGGAUACAUACAUAGAGAAGCUGGACCUGGAGCAGCUUACGUCCAUGGAGUCAAAUUGUCCGUAUCAGAGGAAGACGCCGACCAUCUUCACCCUCAGCCUGCACACAGAGGAGGUGCAGCUGAAGAUGGACAAUCCUUACACAGGAGAGGAGUGGAGGGCUUACAUCCUGACUAUGGUCAAAAGGGAGAUUCCCGGUGACCUUCAGCUGCUGCCUGGACAGAUGAUGCUGCUGCUUGACGCUCUGGCGAGGGAGAAAAGGAGAAACCCCCCCGCGUCACACCCACCGCUCCCGCCCCGACCAUCCUUCCUCCCUUCUUCCACAUCGUCACCCUCCUCUCAACCAGCUGAGGACCAUCCAGACUACAUCACCCCUGACCAGCCUGCGUGCUUCUUCGAUGUGACGCGGCAGGAGGCUGAGAGGAUGCUGGAGGCCAACCCAGAGUACGGAGGCAUCAUCAUCCGCCCGUCCAGCUUCAACAACAUCUACGCUGUGACCAUCAGACGACUGACACCCAGAGGGCCUUUGAUGAAGAACUACAGAGUGGCCUGCACAAACACAGGGUAUGUCAUCGAACUCCUCCCACCAGUGACGGUCUCCUCCAUGAAUGAAGUAUUGAAAUACUUCAUUGAAAAGACACAGAGCCGUCCCUAUGCGACGUCUGAGCCCUACGACUUCCUCAUUGAGGAUCCACCUGCUCCAAACUGCAUCAGCAUCACCUCACCUACACCUAAAACGAUACCCAAGGCACAAGUGGCGCCAAUGCUGUGCCCGCAAAUCCAGAAGGAGCUCGAGUUCCUUCUAAGUAAGCCAGCGGAGGAUGAAUAUGUGGUUCCUGAGGAUCACACGCCUGAUUACCAGAACCUAUGUCAUGGUGAGAAUGAGUGAGAGUAUUGGUCUUGCUCAGCACAGCAGACAAGGUGUUUAUAUACAGUGCCUUGCAUAAGUAUUCACCCCCUUUGGACUUUUCUACAUUUUGUCAUGGUAUAACCACAGAUUAAAAUUUAUUUCAUCGUGAGUUUAUUUAAUGGACCAACACAAAAUAGUGCAUCAUUUGGAAGUGGGGGGAAAUAUUACAUGGAUUUCACAAUUAUUUACAAAUAAAAAUCUGAAAAGUGUUGAGUGCAUAUGUAUUCACCCCCUUUACUGUGAAACCCCUAACAAAGAUCUGGUGCGACCAAUUGCAUUCACAAAUCACAUUUGCAAGUCACAUAAUUAGUAAAUAGGGUCCACCUGUCUGCAAUUUAAUCUCAGUAUAAAUACACCUGUUCUGUGACGGACUCAGAGUUUGUUGGAGAUCAUUACUGAACAAACAGCAUCAUGACGACCAAGGAGCUCACCAAACAGGUCAGGGAUAAAGUUGUGGAGAAAUAUGAAGCAGGGUUAGGUUAUAAAAAAAUAUCCAGAGCUUUGAACAUCUCUCUGAGCACCAUAAAAUCCAUCAUAAGAAAAUGGAAAGAAUAUGGCACAACCGCAAACCUACCAAGAGGAGGCCGUCCACCCAAACUGAAGAGUCGGACAAGGAGAAAAUGAAUCAGAGAAGCCACCAGGAGGCCCAUGGUUACUCUGGAGGAGUUGCAGAGAUCCACAGCUGAGGUGGGAGAAUCUGUCCACAGGACAACUAUUAGUCGUCUACUCCACAAAUCUGGCCUUUAUGGAAGAGUGGCAAGAAGAAAGACAUUGUUGAAAGGGAUCCAUAAAAAAUCCCGUUUGGAGUUUGCCAGAAGCCAUGUGGGAGACACAGCAAACAUGUGGAAGAAGGUGCUCUGGUCAGAUGAGACCAAAAUUGAACUUUUUGGCCUCAAUGCAAAACGCUAUGUGUGGCGAAAACCCAACACUGCCCAUCACCCUGAGCACACCAUCCCAACAGUGAAACAU